UGCCAAAAUAGACUCGUCACAUGGCUACAUCGCAGUUUUGUUGUCUUUUGUGGUUGCCUUCCGGUGGGCGAGGUUCGACCGGUCGAUGGAUAGCGGCGAUCGAUCGAGCUCGCUUUGCUGUCCGCAGCACCGCGCAACGAUCGCCAUGGGCAAAGGGAAUGUGAUGCUUCGCUCUCCUGCAAUCCCACAUCGGCAGCGAUCAAACCAGGACGACGAAGGUGACGGCUCCAGCAAUAACAGUAGCAAUAGCAGCAGCACCACCAAACGGAAGACGAUGCAAUGUUCAACUUCAGCUUUUGCUGCCCCACACGACGAAGCAGCAACAUUAUCUUCAGACGCAACCGCCUCCCUUGAGGCUCAAGUUGAGCGCUCCAAAUCCGUGAUUGUGUUACGACGCUGCGAAGACGUAAAUGUCCGCACUGGUGGCUUCCAAAAGAUCAAGGAGGCUGCGCACCGCCUGGAUAUUCGUCGGCCACGGCAACAGCACCAGCACAUGAAGGAAUCCCCAGCAAAAGAUCAGCUGCCGAAAGAGUCCGGUCUCAGGAAAGAAGGCAAACUUGAACAAACUAUUUACACCAAUUACACAUAAUUUCAUUGUUUUCUUUUCGUCGCUUUGCCAAAUCACACAAAAACAAUAGCGUGCGACGAUGGCGGGCAAGGGCGGCGACGUGACCGACGAGGAAGACAUGGACCUUGACGUUGACACUCAAGCGCGUCUGCAGAAUAUGACACUGGGCAUGAAGCAGCAGGCGGACGAGCUGCUGCUGGCCAACCAGCUCGACAAGGCGCUGACACUGUACCGGGAGCUCCUCAUGCAUCUUACGCGCUCGCAGGUGACACUGCUACAACAGAAAGAGCUCGUGAUCUCCUGCCACAUGAAUGUCCUAGCGGCAAUGAGCAAGGCGAGACGGUGGAGCAGCGUCAUGACGGAGGCGACGGAGACGCUGAACGUGUUCGCCGAGCUCCAAGAGGCCAAAGUGGUAAAGAACAUUCCGUCUGACGAGCAACAGAGGGAGAACGUGGUGCUCGCACGAGCGUAUUACUUCCGAGGCUUUGCCUAUUUGAAGCAGGGGGCUUUUCAGCUGGCACAACAGGACUUUCGUCGUGCGUUAGAGCUAAAUCCCGAGGAUGAAACCAUUCAGAACGACUACAAGGAACUGCAAACAGCUUUGCAGGCGGAACAGAGGGUAAAACAGUUCAUUGCUACGUCGAUGAAGCUCUUUCAAGCUGGAAACUACAAGGCGGCGGUGGAAGCGUGUGUGAGUGCGUUGAAGGAGAGCCAGAUACUGCAGAAGACGGACCUUACGGGACUGAUUCAUGGAAAUUUGGCGGCCAUCUACAUGAAGAUGAAGGACGACGCUAAAGCAAUUGAGCACUAUAAGCGCACCAUGUUGCUAACUCGAUGUAUGGAUAAGCCCACGGCUGCUCAGAAUGAACGGGUGUACGAUAUCUUGGACAGCCUGGCUGGAUGCUAUUCACGCAAGCGGGACUACAGCUCAGCGUUGUCUGUAAUCGAAGAUCAGAUUAAAUUAUUUCCUUCGUGUCCCGAGCGAAAGGACCGCGAGGCGAUGAUGUAUCUUAACGGUGGACGCAUUUGUUAUACCAUGGGAAGGUACGCUCAAGCUGAGGAACACUUGGAGAAAGGACACACUGUGGCAUUGAAGGCGUUAAACCAAUUGGACAUUGCGUUGAAUUGCGCAUAUUGGCUGAGUAAAGCCUACGCCAAGAACAGCAAAUUUGAAAAGGCCAUGGAGACACUCGAUGCAACUAUUGCUGAGCCUGGAAAGGAGGCAAAUGAUGCAGCCAUUACAGACUUGCUGGAGAAGCUCUUGUUGGCAAGGCUGGAUUUACUGGACCCAGAAACGAAUGCAUCUGCUAGUGAAAGUGACCUGUUCAAGGGCCAACGUCGGGAAUCCCAACUUUGGCAAACUCUGGAGUAUUUUGACGGAAAACGGCGGAUUUGUGGGCAUGUUCGAGCUGCAGAAGUGCUUGUCAACUUCUUAAAAACGAACGAAGGAGCUGGAAAUGAGGAUAACUGCUCGAAGAUGCUGCGCGCUGUGGCGCUUACUGAUUGUGUCAAUAUUGGAAAGCUGUCCAGCUCCGAUGCCACAAGUUUCAUGAAGCUAGCACUGGUUAAAGUUGACAUGACCAUUAACCAAAGCUCAGCAUGCCGAAGAGAUGCGAAGGAAUUACUGGCGACAUUGCUCCGCGAUCUAGAAAUACCUGGUGGUGCAGAUCCGUCGUGCCGACUACAGUUGCGCAACACUGCGUUGCUCAAGUUGGUGGAUAUUUGUAUCGAAGAUGAGGAAGAGGAGUCCGAUGAGGAGAUUCGCAAAUUACUCGAAGAGGCAAUUGACGUGCUUUACGAUGAAGUUGAAGCUGCGUCAAAGGCACAACUUGUGGUACUGCUACUGAAGAUUGGGCGAUGGAGAGCUGCUCGAGGGGAGCUUGUUGGUGCUGCAGAGGCUCUGGAGGAGAGUGUAAAGCUUCUGCAUGAUGCCUCAGACUCGAAUAGUGACUGCUUGUAUGAGUCACUUGUCGGGCUCUGUGUGGUGCAAAUUCGGAUGGGAAAGCUCGACAAAGCUACAUGUGCGAUGGAAGAGAUUGAAACACUCCCAGUCACUCAAAACGCAAAAGAACUGGCGAUCAUUAAGGACCGACUGCAAGCGGCGAUAAUAGCGGUUCAAAAGAAGGCCAAGGAACCGGAGAAAGCAUACCUGUUUGAGAAGCAGGACUCUGCUUCUAGCCACAGGUUUUUGUGCGGGAUUAGCCAGGUGUGGUGGGGUCAAUGGUGUGGGCCGCUGGUUGCCUGUAUCGCCGCCGUAGCUGUGGCUUUGCUUUUUGCAUGAACAGACCCGAAAGCCUGAGAAACAUGAACUGUAGGAUAGGAUAGUACCAAGUCGAAAAAAAUGUUGUGCGACAAUCAAUAGGGUCGGAUAGUGUGCAAACUCUUUGAAUCACUCGUUGUUCUUUGCGUCAGCGUUGAUCUCGUCAGGUU